ACAGAGAGAGUUUUCUUAUCACCUUAGCUCGAAUCAAUGGCCUACCAAAACUCCAUCCCCUUCUAUGAAAAAUACUGGUACAAGCACAAUUAUAAAAGGGUAACAGAUAGCUUGCUUUUAAUCCUCCUCUUAUCGCUGCUUGGUUACCGCGUUAUCUCUAUCAACAACUACUCUUUAUUCCCUUGGUUUGUUGCCUUUUUAUGUGAGUCGUGGUUCACCUUCUCUUGGUUUUUAACCCUAACCACUCAAUGGAGUCCAGCAGUAACUAAAACCUACCCACAUCGUCUCUUGCAAAGUGUGGAAGAGCUUCCACCAGUGGAUUUGUUUGUGACAACAGCAGAUCCUGAACUUGAACCACCGAUUAUCACAGUGAACACUGUGUUGUCUCUGUUGGCACUUGAUUACCCACCUCACAAGCUAGCUUGUUAUGUUUCUGAUGAUGGUUGUUCCCCUCGUACCUUCUAUGCUCUUCAGGAAGCUUCUCAAUUUGCAAAGUUUUGGGUACCUUUCUGUAAGAAGUACCAUGUCCAAGUUAGAGCUCCAUUCAGAUACUUCUCUGACAAACCUGAGGAGGUCUUCGGGGCCAACAACACACCAGAAUUCAAACAAGAAUGGUUACAAAUGAAGGAUAUGUAUGAUAAUCUUAGCAGCAAAAUAGAAUUGGAUUCAUCCAUAAUAUCUAAUCCAUGUAAUGGAGACUUUGCGGUUUUCUCGAACACUGAGAGAACAAAUCACCCAUCGAUAAUCCAGGUUAUAUGGGAGAACAAGGAACACAUAGCAGAUGGGUUGCCGCAUUUGAUUUACAUAUCUAGAGAGAAGAGGCCAAAACAGCCUCAUCAUUACAAAGCCGGUGCCAUGAAUGUGUUGACAAGAGUCUCCGGAUUGAUAACCAAUGCUCCCUUUAUGCUGAACGUGGAUUGUGACAUGAUUGUAAAUAAUCCAAAGAUUGUUCACCAUGCGUUGAGCAUUUUGCUUGAUCACAAAGGAGAAAAAGAAGUUGCAUUUGUUCAAUUUCCCCAAAAAUUUUAUGCUACUUUGAAGGACGACCCUUUUGGAAAUCAGAUGACAAUUUUGGCUAAGUACUUGGCGGCUGGAAUAGGUGGACUCCAAGGACCUUUCUACGGGGGAACAAACUGCUUCCAUAGAAGAAAAGUUAUUUAUGGUCUUUCUCCAGAAAACAUUGAAAAGGGAAACAGCAUAUCAGAGGAGGAAUUAAAACAAAAAUUUGGAACUUCAAAGGAGAUUAUGAAAUCAGUUGCUUGUACUUUGGAAGGGAGAACUUAUUCGUAUAAUGAUAUUAAUAUUUCGAACGUUGUUGACGUAGCAAGCCAAGUUGCUGGUUGUGCAUAUGAAUAUGGCACUGGAUGGGGCAAACAGAUGGCUUGGAUAUAUGGAUCAGUCACAGAGGAUGUGCUCACCGGGCUGACAAUACAUAAAAAAGGUUGGAGAUCAGAAUUCUGUAUGCCAAGCCCAAUUGGCUUCACAGGUUUUGCUCCAGGAGGUGGCCCAAAUUCAAUGGCCCAACAAAAGAGAUGGGCCACAGGAUUGCUUGAGAUGUUCUUUUGCAAGCAUUGCCCUAUUAUUAGCACACUUUUUCAUAAGCUUACUUUAAGACAAUGCUUAGCAUAUAUGUGGAUUAUCAACCACUGGGGCCUAAUGUCAGUCUUUGAAGUAUGCUAUGCAUGUCUCCUUGCAUAUUGCAUCAUCACCAACUCCAAUUUCUUGCCCCAGGACCUAGGCAUAUGUAUUCCCGCUGCUUUUCUAGUAAUUUACAAGAUAUAUACUGCAUCAGAAUAUUUGGCAGAAGGGCUAUCAAUUCGAGCAUGGUGGAACAAUCAAAGAAUGUCAAGAAUAACACCUAUGAAUGCUGGUUUUUGUGCAUUUCUUAGUGUCCUACUUAAGCUGUUUAGAAUAUCUGAAACAGUGUUUGACAUAACAAAGAAAGAUUUGCCCUCAGCUAAGGAUGUUGGAGAUGAUAAGGAUGCUGGAAGGUACACCUUCGAUGAGUCCGUAGUUUUCUUACCAGGAACUACCAUUUUGUUGGUGCAAUUGACAGCAAUGGUUAUCAAGUUAUUAGGGUUCCAACCACCAGUGGCAACUCAGAGUGGGAAACAUGGGUGUGGACUAGGUGAGAUUUUCUGUAGUGUUUAUUUGAUAAUUUGCUAUUGGCCAUUUCUAAGAGGAUUAUUUGAGACAGGAAAGUAUAGAAUUCCUCUGUCUACAAUAUUGAAAUCAGCUAUCUUAACAUGUCUCUUUGUACACCUAUGUCAAAGGACUGUUCCUGGUUGAUGAGGUUUAGAAACUUGGAAAAGUCAUGAUUAAUGUAAGGAAAUAUGGUUUGUUAAUAUCAAAAUGGCACAACAAAAAAGUUCACCCCCUUGGAUUUUAAUAUGUAUUUUUAAGACAUGUUUUAUGCCGAAAAAUUGAAAAAUAAAAGUUAUGCCAAGUAGCAAGAUUACAAAGGUA